UUUCGUCUCAUCUCAACGCAUGCCGCGUGUGUCCCGCUACUAAACGGAAAACAGCACUUCGAACUCGGCGGCCGGAUUGCCGGCACUUGUGCCAGUAUCUCCAGGACGGGUAAUCACUGACUUCCUCUCACCCGUGGGGCGACGACCAACCUCAAGCUCAAGCUUCACGUUGCUAGCAGCUACACACGCGGCACGCCACCAUAGUUGCACUCGACGUCAGUUUCAAGCAAUGCGUCUCUCCACAAUACUCCUCGUCCUACCGUUCCUCGCGCACGCCGCACCCGCCCCUCCCGCCAAACCCCUCCCACUAGUGAUCUGGCACGGCCUCGGCGACUCCUACGACUCCGACGGGAUCCAAAGUGUCGCGGCCCUAUUCCAGCACGUCUACCCAUCUGCCUUCGUAUACGCGAUCCGACUUGCCCCCAGCGGCUCGUCCGAUCGCAGCGCCACGUUCCUCGGCGACGUGAACGCGCAGCUCGCGGGGGUAUGCAGCGACCUCGCCGCGAUCCCCGAGCUCUCGGGCGGCUUCAACGCGCUCGGCUUCUCGCAGGGCGGGCAGUUCCUGCGCGGCUACGUCGAGCGCUGCAAUGCCCCCGCGCUCCACACGCUCGUCACCUUCGGCUCCCAGCAUAACGGCAUCGCCGACUUCAUUGCCGCCUGUGCGCCGGGGGACUUCGUUUGCCGCGGUGUCCAAGGGCUACUGCGCGGGCAGAAGUACUCCGACUAUGUACAAUCCCGUGUCGUCCCCGCGCAGUACUACAGGGAUCCUGCGGAUCUGGAGAGUUAUAGAGAGCACUCCAGGUGGCUUGCCGAUGUCAAUAACGAGCGCAGCGAGAAGAACGCUACGUACAAAGAGAAUCUAACGACGCUGGAGCGGUUCGUCAUGUUCAUGUUUGCGGACGACCAGACUGUCGUGCCGAAGGAGACCGCGUGGUGGGCCGACGUCAAUACUACCUCUGGGGUGGUCACGAAACUGCAGGAUACAAAGGGGUACAAGGAGGACUGGCUCGGGCUCAGGACCCUCGAUAAACAGGGAAAGCUCGAGUUUUUGACGAUUCCGGGAGAACAUAUGCGCUUUGAGGAUGGUCUGCUCGAGGAGGUCUUUAGGAAUUAUUUUGGCCCACAGGGGAAGAGGCAGGAGUGGAUUUGGCCGGUGGGGGAGAGAGGGAAUGGUGUACUUGAGUUGCAGCCGCAGCUGCAGCCGGAGGUGCUCAGUGGCAGUGAGGAGUUGUGAUGAUUUAUGGGCAUGGGCAUGGAGUUCGUCGAGUU